AAAAGUAGCACUUUCUGCAGGGCAGCUACUACAGAACGGCGGCCGAGUGUGGGUGAAUGUGGUGUGCCAAGAGAGCACAGCCAACUUCUAAUUAGCCCCCCAGGAGAUUGCCACAAGAAUAAAUACAAAAUAUAGGUGGAGACAGUGCAAGAGAUUAGUUCCUUGUGCGGGUGCAGCAGCUCUGGACCUGAAACUGGAUUCGAGACAACAAUUGCAGUAAUGGACAGAUGAAUAUUCAUACGUGUACCAUUCGAGACGAAUGCAUCACCCUAGCAGAAGCGGAAACCGACCCACCAGCAGUCAUCGUAACCUGGACUGGGUUCUGAGACGAGGUUAGAGUAUUAUCGAUCCACAACCAACGCACACACACACACACGUACAAAAUGUCCGGUGGGAAGGAUCGACGAUCGCGGGCCAGCAAAGCCCAAGGCUGGGAGGAAGCCGGCGGAGAGUUCUACCAGGAAAGCUACCCAGCCGAUCUGGAGGGUAUGCAGCGGGAUCCAUCCAAGAUAGCGACCCUGCUACCCUCAAAGCAGACCAGGAAUGCUACCACCCGACGAGUGCGACCGUCCCAACAGGAUACGAAAGGAACUCGUAGAAGGACUAGCUUUUCCACGGUGGCCAGACGGGGUUCACAGUACCACGAGAUUCAAGUGGCCACGCUCCCGGACUUAUCAGAGAACCUUAUCAACGAGGAACGCACAUGGGAGGAAAUCCAGGAGAUCAAAUCGAUGCCUGUGCCGAUGGCACAGAAGCGCGAAAUGAAAGCCCAACUACAGAACGCCACCAAACUCCGCCUUCAGGGCUUUGAACAGAUCAAAUGGCGCCGGCGGAAAGCGUGGCAAAGUGUUUGUGCCAAAUGGGGCGAGUACCACACCAAACUGGAACUUUGGCGCAUGUCGCUGAAAACCAUCGAAGGUAACUUCGGCACCGGAGUGGUGGCGUACUUCCUCUUUCUGCGGUGGUUGAUGUUUCUGAACCUGAUCGUGUUCGGACUGGUGUCGGCCUUCAUAGUGUUGCCCCACGUGGUGCUACGGGAGCCACAGGAUCUACCCUGCGUAUCGGACCCGACGUCCGUUCAGUGCUGCUCGGAGUCGUAUGUGAAUGCGACCAAGAGCGUGGAGUUUGCCGUGUUGGAUGUGAUACAGGGGACGGGGUUCAUGGAAGGAACCCUGCUGUUCUACGGGAUGUAUACUAAUAUGAUCUACGGGUAUAGUCCGAUAGAGGAUCGCUUGGCGGCAGCGCCCCCAGCUCGGAUGGAGGUGAUGACGACUACGACUAUGAGUAGUACGACGAUUACGACGAGUAGUAGUAGUAGCACCAGUAGCAGUAGCAGCAGUAGCAGUAGUAGUAGCAGUAGCAGUACUACCAGCACUACGGUGGCUAGUACAACUCCGCUCAGUGCGGCAGCAGAGGUUAGGAAUAGUAAUUUUAGUAGUCUCAAUGGCAGUUAUUACGAAGGAUUCGUAAUGGAAAUGGGUGAAGCUAUCGACCAAAGUGCAACGGAAGUCGGUUCCGGUACGGUACUGUACUAUGACUUUCCGCUAGUUUACGUGAUAAUUACGGCCAUCUGCUACGUGGUCGCGCUAAUAGCCAUGAUGAAGGCAGUGGUGCGACAGUUCAAAGAUCGCAUUGCGGAGGGCGAGGGUCUCUUCUAUCAGUACUGUAACUUAGUCUUCGGAGGCUGGGAUUUUUGUAUUCACAACGAAAAAUCCGCUGAUAUUAAACAUAAGGCGCUGUACCAUGAGAUUCGUUCAUUGCUUCAUACGAAGCGUUUUGAAAACGAGCGCAUCAAUCGCUCCAGAGAUUUUAUGGUUAAGCUAAUUGCCAUUCGGUUUUUGAUUAAUUUUGUAGUCGUCGUGAUAUUAGUGAUAGCCGUCAUCAUUAUCUAUGUGCUGUUCAACGAAUCGAUGUCUAAAUUGGACCCCAACUUCCAAUCGAACCAUCUGAUUAGCUUUCCACGAGGGUCGUCGUGGUCGUCGUUUUCGUCUUUCGGUUAUUCCGCCACCGUGGCUGUGCCAUCCACUAGCUCAACAUCUCCGGAUGCUACGAUCUCGAUUUCCUCGCCAAUGACCCCAGAAGAGCUGGAACCUAGUCUGACAACGCGGUUGGAAGUGCUGUUCUACGAGUUCUUGCCCUACAUUGCAAUCGUUUGCAUGAACUUGGUAGUUCCUUUGUUUUUCAAUUAUCUAGUGCAAUUUGAAAAAUAUUCUCCUCUUUUCGUGAUCAAAAUUACACUCUUCCGGACGGUCUUUCUCAGGCUGUCCUCGCUCGCUGUGCUUUUGAGCCGAUUCUACUUUCUCGUGAAGCCAAAAAUCCAUCCGGUUAGUGCAACUAAUGGUACCGAUACCAUGACUAAUUUUACAAUGGAAAUCAACAGCACUGCGACUGAUCAAUGUUACGACGUAGAGCGAGGAACUCCUCAGUGCUGGGAGACGUUUGUUGGUCAGCAAUUCUACAAACUGUUCAUCACUGACUUUGUCACGCAUUUCCUCGUGACGUUCUUUGUCAAUUUCCCGCGAGCGAUGUUCGCGCGACAUUCCGCCAGCCGCAUCGCCAAGUUCAUCGGCGAGCAAGAGUUCGAGCUCUCUAAGCACGUUCUGGAUGUAAUCUACUCGCAAACUCUUUGCUGGCUGGGUACGUUCUAUACGCCGUUCCUGCCAGCGAUUGCCGCUGUUUUGUUCUUCCUGAUGUUCUACAUCAAGAAGUUCGCCUGUCUAGUCAACUCGAAUCCAUCGACGAUUCUCUACCGCGCUUCCCGAUCGAACUCACUGUUCAUGUCCACCCUGCUGAUCUCAUUUACCGUUGCCAUCAUCCCGGUGGUGUACGCGUGGGCCGAAAUUGUUCCCUCCCGUUCGUGUGGCCCAUUCCGAGGUCUUCCCACCGUGUGGGACCGUGCCAUCAAUGCUUUCAUGAAGAUGCCGCUGUUCUUCCAGAACAUCAUCUUCUACUUCGGUACCGCCUCGUUUGCCAUUCCUUGCUUUGUAGUGCUCACCUUUUUCAUCUACUACUUCUAUGCCGUGUCUGCGGCAAAUCGGCACAUGGUCUCGGUGCUCAAACACCAGCUGGUGCUGGAAGGCCACGACAAACAAUUUCUGCUCAGUCGGUUGAGUCUGUUCAUCAAACAGCAGCAGGAAUAUCAGAAGCGAAUGAUGCGACAAGCUGCCGAACAACAACAGCAGCAUCAAGCCAACAAUGUCGCACCGCAUGGCCACCAGUCUGCCCCGGCCCCUCCGGUGGCUCCACCGAAGCCACCGCCGAAGCAAGAAGAGCAACAACCUCCCCUGCCACCCCGGGCCGAUCGGGACUCGAAACCGAGCAGUCGGGAUCGGGAUCGGGAUCGGAAGGAGGGCUCCGGUGGGGAGAUCAAGUGAAAUGGGAAGUGAGCGGAAUUGUAAAAACAAACGAAAAAGAUUGACGAGAAUUUGUGGUUUGAGACGGUUGAUGUACGUUGUUGAAUAAAUUUGGUAGCGAUAAAUAAUGCUGUGCCACACUAAACGAAUCUUUCCAAAUAUGUGCAAUCAAAAAAUUCGUUAUGUACAGACAUUAAUGUAGAGAUUUCUAUACACCUGUAUUCCUGAUUUGAUCAUUUCUUCUUCUUCUUAUAAGACUAUUUUGUCGCAGCUAAAACUUUGCACCUGACCUCAUCAUUGCCCAUUUCCUUCCAAACGGAGUUCCAUACAUUUUUUUGUAUGGAAAAUACGUUUAGAUCGAAAUGGAGGAUAGGCGUUUUCGUUUUCGUAGUUUCGCACUAUAGAUCCGCCCUAAGAGUUGUCAAAACAUUUUUUUAUGCGUUAGAGUCGGAUCCACCCUGGGUCUGUCUCAAACUCGACGAGGUUCCCUCUGCCGAUUUUUUGAGAUCCAACCUGGGUUCACGAAUUUGAGAAGUUUUAAAAGAAAAAAACGAAUUCUGAGAAUACUACCAAAUGAAGUCUGGAGAGAGUUUCAAAUAAUUUCUUAGGAGAAUCUCGUCGGAAUUCAACGAAUCGAAUUCAGAGGAUAGGUUAAAAGGAGUUCUGCAUUCCAAAGCAGGAGACUUUCUAGGGGAUUCCGAAGAAAAUUACAAGAAUAGCCCAAAGGUAGUUCAGAGAUUAAUUCCAAGAAAAUGCUAACGAGGAUUUCAAAGGAUUUCUGGAAGUAUUCCAAGGGAAUACUGAGGAGAAUUCCGAAGGAAAUAUUAAAAGAGUUCUGAGGAGAUUUGUUCACUAAGCAGGGAUGUUACAAUAAAUCCAAUGUUUGUUUUCAGGAAUUAAGAACGCAAUCUGCCCGAAUUCAGUUGAGAUUUAAAAACGGAUUUAGGUUAAAUGCAUGAGAUUCUGAUUCAGUCUCUAAUUAAGCUUGGAAACCCGACUUCCAUUCGCUAGUUGCUAAAUAAUUUAGAAACUCAACUCACAUAUGUGACAGACAAUUGUUUUGACUUUUUUAAUUUAAGUGUCAUCGGUGAACCGGUGUCAAAGCCAAAAGCAAGUGAUCGUGGAAUCCCGGCAGACCGCAAUUCGAGUCCAGCGUCUUUGUAAAUAGAUGCUGGAAAAAAAAUUUCCACAGCCAUUGUACGUCACACCAGCUACCAGACGGGUAGCUGUUGUGACGUAUGUACAAUGGCUGUGACAUUUUUUUUUUUACGUACGAUUGCCGCCGAAUUUUGAUUGAUAUCCAGAAAAUCACAACACAAAUUCUUUCAGAGAAGCCCAACUGGUUUUUUUCAAGGAAUCUCAACUGGAAUUCUUUCAGGGAAGCCCAACUGGAAUUCAUCGGGAGAAUCCCGACAAGAACUCCACAGAAUGCCAACUGCAGUUUUAUUUUUCCAGAAAAUACCGACUGCGCUCUCUCAGAUAAUCCAGACUGUGACACUUCCAAAGAAGCCCAACUUGGAUUCUUCCAAAGAAUGCUAGCUCGGAGAACCCGAAGUCCGACUGGAAUUUCACAGAAUACCAAUUGGCAUCCCAACAGAGGCUCCUUCAUAGAAUCCAGACUUUGGUGCUUUCAGGGAAUCCAAACUAGGUUUCUUCUAGAGGAGCCCAACUUGGACUGUUUCAGGGAAUCCCAACUGGGAUUCUUUCAGAGACGCCCGUCUGGGAUUCAUAAGGAUAAUCCCGACACGAAUUCCACAGAAUGCCGACUAAAAUUCUUCCAGAAAAUACAAACGGAGACUCUCCCAGAGAAUACAGACCGUGACUUUUCCAAAGAAGCCCAUCUUGGAUUCUUCCAGAGAAACUCACCUAUGAGCCUUAAUGGACCCCCCUCCUGUCGGGGUCCAUUGGAUUUAUUUUUGGAUUACCUGUCAGGAUCCAUUAGAAAUCCUAUCGGAAUCCACAAGACUUGCUGUUGAGAUCCGUACAAAUCCCUAUAGAGCAGACUUGGGUAAUGGACCGAAGACUACGCGAUAAAUUUCGUCACGGUUCAUUGAAAUUGAUGUUUUAUACAUGAAUCCGAUGUUUAUUCAAAGAACUAAUUUUGCGAACAAAUAUGAAAUAUUUACACGAACCAUGCCUGAAGAAAACCGCGCGGUUCACCAAGCUUUUUCAAAAUUAGUUUAGGUAGAAUGUUCUAAUUUCUUCGUUCGAUGCAGCCUCGGUUCACUACCCAAGUCUGCUGUAGAGAUCCAUUUGAAUUUUUUCGAGAUCCAUUGAAUUUUUUGUAAGUCACCUUUGGAGAUCCAGUCGUGUAUCAAUCCCGGUAAAAAUCCAUUUGAAUCUUCUUUGAAAUAUUUUGUCAGGAUAUUUAGAAAUCCCAGUUGGAAUCCAUAGUAAACUUAAAUUCGGAUCCGUUAAAAUCCUUAUCGGAAUCCGUUUAAAUAUUAUCGAUAUCCAUUGAAAUUAUUGUGAGGAUUUAUUGAGAUCCGUUGGAGCCGUUGUCGUUAUCCAUAAAAACCAAGUCGGGAUCUAUUUGAAUCUUAUCGAGAUCCAUUGAAAUUCUUGUCAGGAUCCUUUGAAAUGCCAGUCAAAAUCCAUUGAAAUCCUUUUUUGAGACAUUCUUGUCAGGAUCCUUUGGAAUCUCAUUCGGAAUCAAUUUUUAAAACCGUUGGAUUCAUUAAAACUCAUACGAGAACCCGCUUGAAUCUUGUCGAGAUCCAAUGAAAUUCUUAUCAGGAUCUAUUGGAACCCCCUAUUAGGACCCGUUGGAGUCGCUGUCGAGGUCCAUAAAAAAAAACCAAGUCGCGAUCCGCUUGAAUCUUAAAGAGAUCCUUUGAAAUUCUGGUCAGGUUUCUUUGGAAUCCCAGUAGGAAUCCGUUUUAAUCUUAUCGAAAUCUAUGGAAAUUCUUGUCAGGAUCCUUUGAAAUCCCUAUUGGGAUCCGUUGGAGUCUCUGUCGGGAUCUGUUCGAAUCUUAUCGAGAUCCAUUGAAAUUCUAAUCUGAAUCUUGUGAAUUCCCAGUCGGGAUUCAAAUCCCUGGAUCCGUUUGAAUCUUAUCGAGAUCCAUUGAAAUUCUCAGGAUACUUAGAAAUGCCAGUUGAAAUCUAUGGGAGUCUCUGUUGGGAUUCGCCUAAACUCCUGUUGGAACCCACUUGAAUCUUAUCGAGAUCCAUUGAAAUUAUAUUCUGAAUCCAUUGGAAUUUGAAUCAAAUUGGUUGGAAUUCUUGUCGUGAUUCUUUGGAACCCCAGUUGAGAAGGGUUUGAAUCCUUGUCAGGAUCUAUUGAAAUUCCUAUCGAAAUCCUUUAAUCCGUUACAAUCAUUUUCUGGAUCUGUUAAAAUCCCUGUAUGAAUUCGUUUGAAUAUUAUUGAGAAGCAUUGCAAUUCUUAUCAGAAUAUUUUCUAUUAGAAUCUGUUACAGUCACUGUCGGAGUGUCGGGGUUCAUUUAAAUCCCUGUCGGAACCCACUUGAAUCUUAUCUGGAUCCAUUGAAAUCUUUGUAAUUCUUGUUCAAACUGGUGUGAUCCUUUGGAACCCCAGUCGGCAAUUCUUGUCAGGAUACUUUGGAGUCCAAAUCGGAAUCAGUUUAAAUCUUGCCAAGAUCCAUUGGAAUUAUUUUCGGAAUCCUUUGAAAUCCCAGUCGGCAUUCAAAUCCCUGGAUCCAUUUGAAUAUUAUCAAAAUCCAUUGCUAAUCUUGCCAGGAUCCUUUAGAAUCGAAGUUGGAAUCCAUUAGAAAUCCUUUUAGGAUCAGGUUUAGUCACUGUUCCGAUCCGUUAAAAUCCCUGUCCGAUUCCGCUAGAAUCUUAUCGAGAUCCAUUAAAAAUCUUGUUGUGAUUCUUUGAAAAAAGUGUUGGAAUCUCUGUAAGGAUACAUUAGGAUUUCGAUUAGAAUCGCUGUUUGAUCCGUUGAAUUCCCAGUAGGGAUCCGUUUUAAUCUUAUUGAAAUCUAUGGGAAUUCUUGUCAGGAACCUUAAAAAUCCCAGUUGAAAUACAUUAGAAUCCCUAUCUGGACCGGUUGGCAUACCUGUCGGGAUCCAUAUGAGCCCCGAUUAGGUUCCAUUGGAAUCCCUUUUCAAAUUCAGCUGGAAUUCCAAUCGGAAUCCGUUGGAAUCCUAGUCGGGAUUCAUUUGACUUACUGUCAUGGGAGUUCCAUUUCAGAUUGUUUAGAAUUCCUUCUUUUCUUCAGUGAUCCGUUUAGACCCGUUGGAGUUCCUAUCGGGAUCCGUUUGAAUAUUAUCAAGUCUAUUGAAAUGUUUAUCAGGAUCUUUUGAAAUUCCAGUCGGGAUCCGUUGGAAUCGCUGUCCGGACCAGUUGGAAUCGCUAGCGGGAUAUGUUAAAGUCCCUGUCGGUUUCCGUCGGUAUCUUGGUCAGGAUACAUUAGAAAUCGUAUUCAGAUCGAUAGGAUCUGCGACAAUUGGGAUUUGUUGAUUUGUUUUUCUUAAAAGAACAGAAAAUUACCGCAAAUUAUUCCGAUGCAGCUGGGAAAUGAGAGGAAUCAAUGCGGAUUUUAAUGAAGUGGCCCGGAUCCUAUUCGGAAUUCUCUUAAUCCCAGCUGAACUAGUCCAGAUGCAGAGAAUCCUGUGCAGUAAGUGUCUACGUAGCCUUCUAGAAUGCAAGACCUGAUGAUGAAAUAAAAGUGCUUGGCUCGGUGCUGUCAAAUUGAAUGGACGCACAUCUCGAGGUGUCUAUUCGGUGCUUACACUGAAACAAAGACCAUAGUUAGGAAUACUACUUUGCAGAAAACACUUAUUUUCAGUAUUACUGUGCUUAAUGCCGUUAAAUCUACCAUGAUUUCAGUAUAGCUGACUAUAAAUAUAAACAAAUUUAAUACCACUCUGUCAAAACUACUAUGCUUACUCAAACGGCAUAGUAGUUUUGAUAGAAAAAUAAGUAAAAUUAAAUGAAUUUCGUUUCUGCACAAAUCUAUUGGUGCGAGUAUUUAAUUUAAAACAUCAAUAUAGUAAUUUUGCCAAUGGAUUUUGUUUCUGUGUACAUUUGGGAAAACAUGCUGCUAUCGCCGACUGCAUUUCCAGUUUUGUUUUCAUUUUUGGAACCUAAUUGACGAGCCGUGACGAAUGAAUUUGCGUUGCGAAGCUAAGAAUGAGAACCCACAUGACGCCCGCGAUGGAGAUGCUCUAACCAGGCAUGGAAAUCAUUACAUUCGUUUAUAUUAAUUUGCCUCUAAUUUUCAAAAGAUCAAAAGAUAUGUAGGUAGGUUAUGAUAUUAGCCACAACUUUUGUGAAUAACUCAAAUCUGUAUCUCUUAUGCAUGAUGAUCCAGAGCGAACAGAACCCACCAUUGUUUUUUCGGUGAAUAUAAAUUACUUUCACUGAAAAACAAACACAAGUUCGGUCCGCUCUAGUUCGUCAUGCAUAAGAGAUAUAGAUUUGGGUUAUUCUCAACAGUUGUAUUUCAUUUCAAAACCUACAAAAACUACAUACAUCAUUUUACGGAAUUCUGUUGAUGAAAAAAGUUAGAACGUACAUGAUUUUCCAUGCCUGGCUCUAACCACUAAAACAUUAGUCACAUUAUGCAACCAAGACGAAUCGACUUUGUACAAACGAAAAAUGCUUCGUUUCUACUUCCCCAAUAAGGCCCCUGAUCUAAAAUUCAAUUUUUAUUUCACAGCUUUUGUUAUCGCUCCGUUUAAUUUCAUUCCCACAUCCUCUUACCUUUCUCAAAUAUUAUCUUUUAUCUCUUAUGAAGCAUUAAUCAACCUCUCAAACCACAAAAAAAAACUGUUCAACCUUUUCAGAAAACCUUCCUAGUUUGGAAAAAUAAGUAGACUGUUUUUUAAUGAGAUUAGUUGCAACUACCCUAGAAACAUUAUGUAUGCAUUUGAUUCAUGUACAUACCUACAUAUGUAUCGCAUAUUUCGUGAGAAUGUUUAGCAAAAACCAAGAAAAAAUCGUGAUAUUAUGUUCCACCUUUCGGUAGAGUGUAAAUUAAAAGAAUAUUUAUUAAUGAAAGUCUGUAUCGAUGAAUUAGCAAUUUCUGUGUCGACACCCUGCGAACGCAUUGUGAAAGCAUUAGUUGAGGCUGAUCGAUCGGAAAGCUCGUGAUAGCUAGAACGUUUAUUUAUUAUUUUGCGAUCGGAUCAGGAUGAGUUGAGCUUCAAAAGCACGCCUGACCUGGUGCGGAUCUCCGAACGUACAUGUGUGAAAUAGUUUGAAGAAAAUAAAAGUAAUUUUUAAUCGAAAUAUCAUCAAAAUGACAGUAGCGUUUUGCGUUGAGCAAACAAUAUCUAUUCAAAUACAACUGCAAAACGAAGCUCGUGGGCAAUUCUGAUAGUUCAAUUAACGUCUAUAACUCGUUUUAUUUCUCUGUGUGCUUGACGAAUAGGCUAAUGGAAAUCGUAAAAUAGUUAAAUCAAUUUUAAACUCAAGCAUAGACACAAUAAGGAACACAGGAAAGAGACUGCCAUUUUGAGCUAGUUGUAUAUUGAUAAUUUUGUAUAUAAGUAAAGCAUGAGAAUCAUACCCAAUAUUUGUGGAUCGCAGAAUAUCCAAAACCUUACACAAACCAUGUACAUAUAAGAAAUAAACACAUACACGACAGUAUGAACAUUACUCAACCAAACACUAUCCGUCAGCAAGCAAACGAUCAUCACAAACUUAAUCGUCAUAAAAAGUAGAGGCCAUAGAAGCCUACGAUACGAACACGAAAUUACAAACUAGCUUUUUUCUAGUGUUUGUAUCAUAUACAUUUCACUUGAUUAUUGGUGAUUAUUUGUGAGAAAAUGUAAUAUGGUAAUCCAACAUUUAAAGAUACCCGCAUUGCAUUAUAAACUGACAAACAACCGUACUAUGUAUGAUAUGUAUUUUUACAGUCGCAAACCAUUUCCACAGGCAGAAGCAAUGCAGCAUUGUUUCAACAGCUGUGUGGAAAUUAAAACGAUUAUCCCCCUUAUACACACAAACACAUAUGUACACUAUGGAAGCUAUCGUUUGCUCUAUUAUGCGAUCAUCUCUGAUGUUCCUCAACUCCUAUCCCAAACCGAAAGACUCGCCUCAGCGUAGGCCAAUCCGGAAGAUUUCACAUCUUUACUCAGCUUUUUAUAAUAAACGAAAAUAGCAAUAGUCAAUCAUAGAAACUGUAAUGUUAAUUUUCACUAUCCGUCGUGUGUGAUUCACUAAUGGCCGCCAGUGAUGAUCAGAGACAGAGCAAACGAAGCAUUAUCAUCGGUCUGCAUUUCACUGUUUGUACCUACAAGAAAACAUACCCAUGAAAUAUAAACUUGAACCGGAACCGACAUUAUGGAAUCAGCAAAA